AUGAAUAAAAUUACGCUGGCUAAUAGAUACCACGACCACAUGUACCAUUACAUGAACAACCAGCCAGUGAGGAAGGAAGAAUUCACGUACUUCGAUGGCAAGCAGGUGGAUGUCAACUCGGUGGGUGAAGACACAACUAUACUCAGCGGUACUAGUCUGGGCGAGGAAAAAAUUAAUGGUACGAACACACAACAGGGUAAGGCCAACAAAAGGAGCGCAUUGUCUGGAAACAGGAAGAAAAAUGAUCAGAUUAAUAGUUCCAGUUGUGAGGGUUUGACAAAUAAAGCGGCGAACGGGACGGGGCUGAAAAUCCCCAGCAAAAGAAGCGAUAACCAUAACAACAGCGUGAGGGGUGUAAGCAGUGGUAAUGCUGACACAGGUGCUGUGGUCGGUGCAACAAUAGCGUCCGUGAUUUCCUGUCAUAACCGUGGGACAGCGGACAUACGAAGCGAUAAAACAGUCCCUAACUUUAGAUGCAGCAUAUAUGGCGAAGUGAACCUGGCCGAGGGUGUCAACUACCAUCCAAUACAAUACGAAAGUACAGAUAGACACGUGGACAAGGGAGAGAAUAAGAAGGCACAGGUGUUGAAUGAACAAGCCUUUGAAAUGAUGGGGACUAACUUAUUAGGAAAGGAUAAGGCCAGUUUUGAAGAUCCCUUUACCAAUAAUUUUAGUGGAGCUCAGCGUGGCUUCAGCAACAAGAUGGACCUAAGCAACAUAAGGCGACUUGUGAACCACACGAACAGGAGCUUCGAAAAGUCGGAGCAAGCUGUAAUACCGUUUGAUAAGUGUUCCAAUCGGGACAGGCAUAUAAAUGGCCAAGAGGAAGACGACGCUGAAGAAAAGGACGAAAAGGGGGAACUUCGCAAUAUGCUCAAUUGCAGUUUUUCCACACAUUACAGGAGUGACACUGUCGAGGGGGGGACCACGUCCAGCGAUGUGAAAGAAGUAUCUCCUGUCGUCAGCGCCGUGUAUGACUGUGGAAAUCCCUGUGGAGCAGAAAAGCGAAGCAAGAAGCAAUGGAAGAGGGGGAAUGGGAAGAGGGACCCGCCAUCUAGCGAUAAUAAGGGGAAAACCUCAAUCGAUUGCGACGAUAGAAGCAGCGAAGAGCAUACGGGGAAUAACAACGACGGCAUCGGCAAGGAAGGCAAGGCGAGUAGUAAUAACGUCCACCGAAACGGCAGUAUCGGAAGCAAGAACAAAAAAGGCAACAGGAACAAGCACCAGAACAAGAAAAAUAGCAAAAGAAAGAACAGCGCCAAUAAGGCAGAGACGAGGGCCAGAGAUGUGCACGCUGAGGUUGGGGGGGAUGAAGAUGCCACUAACGAAACGAAUGACACUAACGAGGCAAACAGCGUUAACGGCUCAUGCACCCCAAAAAACACCAAAACCACCAAUGGUGCAAACAAAAAGACGCAGAAGAACGGAGUGAAGGUAAACCAAAACAGGUGCCCCAUGCAGAACGACACGAACAACGCCGCUCAAUCCCCCAAUGGGGCAGAUGACCUAGUAAAUUUGUCUACGCUGCAAAAUUGUACCAACAGUAGGGGCAGCCCUGUAGAUGGUUCCAACGCGAGCACGAUGAAGAGCCCGGGAGAAGAUGUAGACCUGCUUUUUUUUCGCGAAAAUGAUGAUCCUUUGGAGGAACGUUAUAUGUUGUUGGAAGAAAAUGAUUACGGAGUUCACAAGGUGAAGGAAAGGGCUGAAAAAAAGGACACUGCCGGUUUGAAUAACACUUUCAGCAUAUUAAGGAAUAACCUGUAUCAUAUCUUUAGCGAUUCGUGCGAUGAGCAGUGGAGCGACGAGUGCCUCGUGGGGAGUUUGGACGGCGACGCGGGUAGAAGUAGGAACAGGGAAAGCGAAAGCGUUAGUUUCGUGGAAAAGACUGGAGUUGACACGCAUAAGAGCGACAUGCAUAGGGGUCCUAUACACAGCGCAGUGGGACAAAAGGGACUGGCGCAAAGUGGCUUUAUGGAACGAGGCUUGAUGCAACACGAGUUGAUUCAACGCGCCUUGAUUAAUCAGUUGGGCGCCGUACAGCUCCCUUUGUACGAAGAGGAUGCAGAGGCGGAGAAGGAGGACAAGUUGGGAAUUAAUGACCUUCGCGAUGACAGAAGCGCAUUCAGGGGUGAAUGCCCUUUAAGCGAUACGCCGUGUAGCGGUUUACUACAGGGUCCAUGCAUGAGCGGGCUGAUGGGUAAUGUGCCCUGCGUGCCUACUGUGAGGGAAAUUGUACCCCACAACAGAUACGGCCUAAGCAGCGUUUCCGGUGUCAGCAGUAUUGGCAACGUUGGUGGCAGUGUGGUGAACAAUCCAACUGGGCACGGCGUGAAUGUAGAGCACCAAUCGCCCUUCGUGCUGAACAAUCAGAAGAGAACCAAUUUGAGCGGAGCAGUCGGGAAGAUUUGCGGAAUGGAGACGCACCAGAACAGUCUCAAUGGAAACGCAACUAACGGAAGGGAAAAUGCAAAUACCCAUAAGUCCAAAAAAACAGGAGGAAAUGAAAAUAUGAUUGUUGAGAGACCCGUAACAUUAAAUAACACCCAAAUGUUAGAGGCAUUUAUGCAAGGGAGGCUUUGUCUAAGUUGCGAUUCGCUUGAUCAUCCCAUGCCAUUAUGUCCGAACAAUUCCUUUGUCUGUCCAAACUGCCAUAAUAUUUCCCAUAGAGGAAAUGAUUGUCCAAUGAAGUGCCGUUUUUGUCUCAAAUACCAUGUGGGUGUAUCCAUCAUGGAUUGUUUAAAGAAGGCAAGAAUACAGUGUGAAAAGAAUUUUCCAAAUGAAGAAAAGAACGAAACAAACAGAGUGGGAAAGAAUGUUAAAGGUAACGACGAUAGGGUUAAUGUAGGACCAAGAUUUGAUAUAACUACAAGGCCUGAUAAUUCCUAUGGAAGGAGUGUAUAUGUAUCGAAUUUGAGCGAAGACAUAACGAACGUACAGCUGAGGGACGCCAUUAACAACCACUUAGAGAAUGGAUACGUAGUAAAUAUAGACAGACAGGAUGGCUACGCAUUUGUGGAGUUAUCUAAUUUGACCUCUACUUUCCAAUUGGUGCAGAAAUCCAUUAACAUCAAUUUUAGGAAGUUAAAAAUACAGUUUAAAAAAACAGGGCAAUUUUUGAUACCAGACAAUUUGUCUUUAAGUGCGAAUAAUGUGGCUACGUUUGGUUUACACCGAGGUGGGGUAGGGGGAGCUACCCUUGUGCAGAACAAGCUGGGCAGGAACACUACCACUGCUGUCUGUAGGAAGAACACAUCGAAUGGUGCGAAUAGUAAUGCGCUGAGAAGCGAAAGCGGUGCCACCAGUGGGAACGCUGUCGACGUUUGUACCAGGUUGAGGCUGGGAGGAAGUAACAACAGCGCAGACGGGGCCGCUUUACCGGGCGGGGCCGACAGCAAGGGAAAAUACGCGUGCAAAUUGAUCAGCACGAAGCACCCUAAGGAUCAGCAGCAGGGGCAACUGCAACCGGUGCAACAAACGCAGCCAACGCAACUAAUGCAACUAGCACAGUCAGUGCAAUCCGCGCAGCAAAGGAAAAACAGACAGAAGGAUAACCUCAUGGAGGGAAGAGCCGCUCACACUAACGGCGCCUCCAUCUUGGACAAGAACCAGAGCGCAGAAGUCGCCAUACUGAGCCAAAAGAAAAACAAACUGAUAGGUGAGAUGAACCAGGAAAAUGGAAGAAGGGGAAGACUAUCCGAUGGAACUGCUCCCAUAAUGAGUAACAGAGAUGGAACUUGCGGCGAAGUCGACGUGGGGUCCCUCCUUCAUGGAUGCAAAAAUCCUCACAGUGUAGACAUUCCAACCGAACAGAUGCUGAAUUUGCCGAACGACUACCUCUUAGCACAGAACCUGGGAUGUGCCAAGAUGGGAUUAGUAGAAGAAGGAUUGACUCGAAACUACUACGAUUUUAUGUGCACCAAUGGCCUAGCGUUGAAGAGUGGCCAUGUGAGGAAAACCAUAGAUGUAAAUAAUGUGCCUCACCUUUCUGCCCUGUAUAGCAAUAAUGCUGGUAACGGUGCAAAUGACCUAUUCACGAGUGAGGAGGAUAAAGUUGGCUUCCUCUACGAAGGAAGUAAAAUACACCUGAGGAUGCCAAACGAUAUGAAUGAAAAGAACGAAUUACAUAAAAGCAUGACGACAGAGACGAGCAAAACAACAGCUACCACGACGACCGCGUCGGACAAUAUGUUGAACACGCAGCUCUUUAAUGGUGUCUCCCCCGUCAGGAGAAGUUUGCACAAAUUUGAUGAUCUCAUGAAGGAGACCCAUCUGCCUACGUGCAUGCAUGUCAGGGGGGAUGCCACCAUGAACGGAAAAUUGACAAGUGGUUUGAAUACUUCCCUGGAGGAUGGGAUGUUCGCAGGUGGAAGUAUUUCCCUCAGUCGCAUGGAAGAGAGGGAUAGGGGCAACGGCGAAUUUGGAGGCGCAUUUAGUGGUGAGUAUGGCUGUGCUUACGUGGGCCCUUACAAGGACCACUUCACCCCUGAUGGACAUAACGACAGCCAUUACCGCACCAGCAGCGACAACAACAAUAAUAACAAUAGUAACUACCAGAGCAACCACCACGGCAACCAUAACAGGAACGUGUCGGAGGGCCGACCCAACAUAGACCUAAAAUCAAUCGUUGAUAACGCCAUCGAAGUGAACCACGACACCAUGAAUUAUGACCAGGUCAGUUUUGCCAACGCGGUGGGGGAGGGUCCUCUCCAGGAUGAUGUUUCUGCCUCGCCUGCUAAUGCUCCUGGUGCGUACCACUCCAACGAAAAAUACACAGGUCAAAGUAAAAUGUACAGUAAUAAACAAGGCAUAGUUGGGCCCUACUUAAAUUUUGAGACAGGCGUCAACGGGAACAACAUAUGGAGGGACAAAAACUGUGGUAGUAGUGACAGUCGCCAUCCCCCUGAUUUGAAACAUUCGUACAAUAACAUUUGCGACGAUAUGUUUUUUGGGAACCACGACAUCUAUGAUGUAUUUUCUCGGUUCAAUGGGAUUAAGUUGGAUGAGGACAGCGGUAGCGGCGCGAUUAGCAACGGGGUUGGCCACCCUUUUCCCAUGGGAAGUAAUCAGCACAACGACAGCUGCAAUGGAAAUUCCAACUGUGGUCAGAACGCCGUGCACCAGGUGCAACCUUCUCCAAAUGAGGCAACGGAUGAGGAGAACAAAAUGAAGUUGGAAGAGGAAAACAGAGUUAAGUUCGUAAACCUCAGCUCUGAAAUGUUUCAACAAUUGAGUGACCUUUCUGCAAAGGAAGACGUAGACCCUUUGGAAAACUCCUACGUGAGCAGCAUGAAGUACAAGGAGCUGGAUGCCAUUGAGAAAGAUUUGGAGAAGCACAUCAAGGCUUUGUGGAACCUGCGCAAAAUAAAGUUGGUGAAGUCGCACGAUAUUCCGCAUAGCGAAUUUGUGUAG